AUGGUGGAGUUCGCAAACAAAUACUUUAGACAACCGGCUGCUAAGGGGGCCUUUGUGAGUGUGUAUCUGUGGUUCCUCCCCACAGGGCCUCUGGCCUCUGUGAAGUCCAAGAAGCCCAAAGACACCAGAGAUCCCUUUGAAAUGGUCAGGUUCUCCAAGUCUCCACUGUCUGAAUCUCUGAUAGAGUUCACUGAUCCUGCUAUGAACAGAGUGGCUACAGACAUCUUCCUUUGCGUCUGUGUGAUGUGUGUGUUCUCCUCUCUCCAGCUGAUUGGACAGUUUGGUCUGAUGAAGGAUGAAGCCUACUGUCAAAUCCUCAAACAGAUUACAGGAAACACCAGCCCUAAACCGGACAGUUGUCAGCGUGGCUGGAGGUUGCUUUACAUCCUGACUGCGUUCUAUCGCUGCUCUGAGGUCCUGAAGCCCUUCCUGUUGAAGUUCCUACAGAACGCCUCCCUCAGUCAGGGAGGAGUGUUCCAGGGCAUAUCAAAGGCUUGUGAGCAGAACCUGAGGAAGACCUAUCGGUACGGAGGACGCAUCAUUCCUCCCAGCAGUAUGGAACUGAAAGCUACGGUGGCGGGGAGGAGCUCCAAGCGACAACUGUUCCUCUUCCCAGGAGGCAUCGAACGACACCUGAAGAUCAAGACGUGCUCUGUGAGUCUCAUAGACUGUGAGAAUGUCCGUCCCCUCAAUAAGAGGGAGUACAUCCUGGACAUUGCUACGGAGGCGGAGCCAAUGGACUGUAACUACAGCCUGUGGUUCAGGAGGGUCAUCUGGACACAGACGCUCAAAUUUGACAACGAGCUCUGUGUCACCAUGCAUUAUAACCAGGUGCUUCCAGACUACCGUAAGGGCUUGAUGAACAUCCUGCCCAGAGGUAAAGUCUCUGAACAGCUGUUCCUCCAGAUCUCUAAACUAUCAGCUCUGCAACACAGAGCCAAGGACAUGACGUUCAUACCCAGCAUCCAUGAGUUGUCAGAGUACAUCCCCCCCCUUCUGUUUGGGAAGCAGCCUCCCCAGGCAUGGGUCACCAUGGUAACUCAGCACAUGCAGCAGGUCCAGACCCUCAACCCGCACCAGGCCAAAGCUCAGUUUCUGGGUCUGGUCAGUGCGUUCCCCAUGUUUGGCUCCUCCUUCUUCUACGUCCAGUCCAGCAGCAGUGGCUCCAUCUACGCUCCCUGUAUCCUGGCUGUCAAUCAAAAUGGACUGCACUUUCUCAACAAGGACACUCACGAGCUGCAGACAGCAGUCCCCCUGGCGGAGGUGCAGUCUACCCGCACCCAGAGACCCUCGUCCGGGACCAGCUACCCCUACGUAGACCUCACUCUGGGAGAUCUGACCACUCACAGAGUCACGCAGAUACAGCUCAAACAGGGAUUGGAGCUGUGUCGUGUCAUUGCCAUGCACGUGGAGAACAUGCUGUCAGUCAGGGAGAAGAGAUUCACCCUGUCACUGUGUUAUAAGACACUGGGGAGAGCACUGUCUGCCAUGCACGUGGAGAACAUGCUGUCAGUCAGGGAGAAGAGAUUCACCCUGCCACCCAGCGAGGUCACUGUGUUAUAA